CGCACACAUUCUAGGUUGGGCGCCCCGAGGGUCGGGCGAAGGGUCCAGAGAGGGAGCGAUGCAAACGGCGACUGCCUCGAUCCUCGACGUUUCAAGGACGGUGGUGAUCCGAGAGGACGGCAACUAUGCCCAGAAUAACUACACGGGACAAUGCACCCGAAUAUUCCCACCUCACCUUGGCACAUCACAGAUAAUCCAUGGCAAUGGUACCACCGUUGGCACAGUAAUAACAUUCCAGUGUUCUGCAGAACACCAGCUGAUUGGACAAGGCAUUGUCACAUGCAUUUGGAAAGGAAACAGCACACAGUGGACAGCAGACAUUCCCUCUUGUAAACCUGUAUCCAAAUACGAAACCUUUGGAUUUAAAGUUGCCGUCAUUGCCUCCAUUGUGAGCUGCGCCAUUAUUCUGCUGAUGUCGAUGGCUUUUUUAACCUGCUGCCUUAUCAAGUGUGUUAAGAAAAGUGAGAGAAGAAGAGCUCAAAGGGAUAUGCAACUAUGGUACCAGCUCAGAAGUGAAGAACUGGAAAACAUGCAAGCGGCUUACUUUGGUUUUAAAGGCAGAAAUAACAACAAUAACAAAAAGAUAAAGAAUAAGCCAGUAUUUGAUGAUGGUAGUAACAUGGCGUACGACAACCGAGGCUUCUGCAGCUUCCAUGAAGAAUGGGCUGGAGGCAUCACAGAGACCGGCUGUUUUGGAGAAAACAAUUUACACAGCAAGCCAGCCAAACCCAGCAGUGCACUUGGUCGACAGCUGGGACCGGGGCAUAACGUUGCCAUACAUACCAUAAGUACGAUACAUGUUGUCGAGGUCUAUGGGCAUGAAAAGGACCCGCAGGGGACAAUGGAUACUCAUUUACCUGGAUAGGCAGUUUCAUAAACGCAACGAAGGAUUUGCUGGACCAAAGCCAAAUGUGAAUAGAGAUACCUGCUGAAUGUGCCUUAAAACACUGUAUAGAAAUGAAUCACUGCAUUGUUCCCAUGUAUCAGUUACAAUAAACGUCAGAAUAUCGACAGAUUUAACAGAUCUGACAAAUGUUA